GCAUCAAAUCUGAAAAUUUUCAUUGGCUUUUGUUAGUGUUCACGCGUCGGAAGGUUGCAUUUGGUUAGAGCCUGAAAAGGCUGGAAUUCAGAAAAACGCAGACUGGUUUUUAAACUGCAGGUAGAGAUUAAAUAUAGAGCAGAAGUGCUGCUGCAGGUAAGGUGAAAAUUAGAAUCCGAGUUGUCUGAGAAAUUUUGCACAGAUAAUACUACAGUCGACAACAAAUAUACCAAAAUGAGCUGGCAAGAUUAUGUGGAUAACCAGCUUCUGGCCUCUCACUGUGUAACAAAAGCUUGCAUUGCUGGACAUGAUGGUAACAUCUGGGCUCAAUCCAAGGGAUUUGAGGUUACAAAAGAAGAGUUGGCGAAAUUAAUCGCUGGAUUCGAUCAGCAAGACCUGCUUACUAGCAAUGGUGUCACAUUAGCGGGCCAAAGGUACAUCUACCUUUCUGGUACAGAUCGCGUCGUCCGUGCAAAACUAGGACGCAGCGGAGUGCAUUGCAUGAAAACUACACAAGCCGUGAUCGUUUCCAUCUAUGAGGAUCCAGUUCAGCCUCAACAAGCCGCAUCUGUUGUAGAGAAGCUUGGAGAUUAUCUGAUUACUUGCGGGUACUAGAAAUAAUCCAUAAUAAUAAAAGUAAUAAUAUAAUAAUUAUAAUAAAAACAUUAAAGCCGUAACAAAUAUCUUCUAUAAAAUCUAUUUUGGAAUAAUUUCAUAUGAAAAAAUAAAGUCAAAGUAACAAAAACACUCAGAUUUUCCAAUUAUUUUAAAUAUGUACCAGAAACGACGAUGUGCGGAAAUUGUCUUAAACGUGAUACAGCAACGAAACUAUAAAUGCUUAAACACGUCGUUAAUCUGGACCUAAUUUGAAAAAUAUUUGCUUUUACUCAACUCUUCAAGUUUACUUUAUAGAGAUAUUGUUUUUUACCAAUAAAGAUAUAGUAAAUUUAAAUAUAA